AUGGAAGAAGAUAAUAAAAGAGUUAGAAAUUUUAUAGAUGAAUAUUUUAUAGAUCAAAAAAAUGAAGAAAUUAUAAAUAGCAGUAAUAGCAAUGAGAAUGAUAAUAGUGGAAAUAAGAAUGAAUCAAAUAGAUUCUAUUCAAAUACAUCAAUAUUUAAUAAAGAUUCUGAUAGAGUUUCUGAAUUAUUGUUGGCGAGUGCACUGGAUGUUGUUGGCUAUAGCGAUUGUAUAGUAACACCUUUUGGAGAUCGUCUGUUGACGUAUUGCGAUUUCACUGCUUCUGGAAGAUCGUUACAUUCAAUAGAAGAGUACCUGAUGCACGAGGUACUUCCUCUCUAUGCAAAUACACAUACACUCUCGGAUGCAACCGGUCUUCAGACAACUCUAUUCCGUAGAGAGGCACGUGAUAUCGUUAAGCGUGGAUGUCGUGGUAGCAACGUCGAAGAUGUCUUACUCUUUGUUGGCUCCGGUACGACAGCAGCGAUUAACGCACUCAUUCAUAUAUUAGACAUUCCACAUCUCUCAUCGACAACAACCCAUAGACCACUUGUAAUUCUCGGUCCAUACGAACAUCAUUCCAAUAUAUUACCAUGGCGAGAAGCUGGUUGUGAGGUGGUAACUUGUCCAGAGUCAACAAGUGGCGGUGGAUUGGACAUACAAUUCCUUGAAACAUUGUUAGCGAGAAACAGUAGAGCAAACAGGUUGAUAAUUGGAUCGUUUUCAGCUGCCUCCAAUGUCUCUGGAAUUAUGGAAGAUACGGUCGGUGUGACUGAGGUUUUGAAGCGGUACAACGCGCUAAGCUUCUGGGACUACGCUGCAGCAGCACCUUAUGUACCAAUCGAUAUGAAUCCUCAUAACGAUGCACGCUACAAGAAGGAUGCUCUGUUCUUUUCACCGCAUAAGUUCUUGGGUGGCGUUGCAACACCCGGUGUUCUAUGCAUCAAGAAGACACUGCUGAGGAAUGCCAUUCCUCAUCGACCUGGAGGUGGAUCCGUACUCUACGUCACGUCAAACUCAACGACUUACCUCUCAAACUUUGAAGAGAAAGAAGAAGCCGGUACACCCGAUAUCGUUGGAAGUAUACGAGCCGGUUUGGUAUUCCAACAUCGUGAAUCGAUAGGUGUCGAUAACAUCUAUCAAUUGGAGAUCGAACAUAGUAGACAACUUAGAGAAAGACUUGUAAAGAUAAAUAAUUUAGUAUUACUUGGUAACUUGGAGAUGAAACAACAACAACAACAACAACAACAACUUCCUAUAUUCAGUUUCUUGGUUAGAUAUGCACCGGAUCCAUCAUUGUUUUUACAUCAUAACUAUGUAUCGGCAUUGUUGAAUGAUUUGUUUGGUAUUCAGACAAGAGCUAGUUGUGCAUGUGCAGGACCGUACCUUGAGAAUCUACUGGGUUUGAAUCAGAGAGACAACGCAUCGUUCUUAGAGUCAAUCUUUGAGAAACAAGAGAUUGUCAGACCUGGUAUGGUACGAUUGAACAUCAGUUACAUUCAUACCGAUCAAGAUGUAGAGUUUAUAGUUAGUGCACUCGAGUUUAUUUGUCAACAUGGUUGGAAGUUCAUGCCACUCUACACCAUAGUAGUAUCAAGUGGUGAAUUCAAACAUCGUUCCAAACUAAAUAAGAUGCCUGAACGUCGUUGGUUAAGUAGUAUAAACUAUAAUAAUAAUAAUAAUAAGAGUAAUAGUAGUAAUAAUAGUAAGAAGAUGAUGAACUAUCAAAGUAAAAGAAAAACAAUAGAUUUAAGUGGUUUGAAUGAAGAUGACGGUUGUCAAGUAAUGGAUAGAUUAAUAGAGGUUAGAAUGAGUUAUUUGCGGGAUGCACACAAGUUGUUGAAUCAAAUGUUGGAGAAUCAACCAAAGAUUCUACCAGAUCAGUCGUCUAUGUUGACAGAAGAUGCUAGAGAUCUGAGGUGGUUUGCAUUACCAACUGAUGUUUCAAUCGUUUUGCAAUCGAUGAACAGUCAAAUAGAUAUUAAUUUAGAUACAACAACAACAACAACCGAUAAUCAAACAAUCAUAUCAAACUUAUUGUCAAGAGAGAUCAUAAUUAAACCACACAAAAGAUAUGUAGCUGGUACAAAUAGUUUACAACUAUAUCAAUUAAAAGAGAUAUUAGAUUCAAUAUAUAAAGAUAAUGAUGAUAAUAAUAAUAAUAAUAAUAAUAAUAAUAAUAAUAAUAGUAGCAGUAGUAAUAUCGAUCAAAUUAUAAAAGAUCAUUUUACAUAUCCAAUUAAAUCAAUUAAUCAUCAAAUUAUAUCUAAUCAACAAAAUAAUAGUAAUAAUAGUAAUAAUAAUAAUAAUAAUAAUGUUAUUAAAGAUGAAGAUAAUGCUUCAUUGAAUAUGGUUUGUCCUCUUAAACCAAAGAUAAUCGAUAAUAGUUUAGUAGAGAGUAAAAUAUGUGUAAAUUGUUAUCACGACCAUACUUCACCAAAUAAGAAAUUAAAUAACUCUACAACUACUACAACUACAAAUACAACUACUACAACAGCAACAACAAAUAUAUCUUCAAAAGAAUGUAGAUCAUGUGAAUGUGUAUCAUUUGUACCAAGAAUGGAAGGUAAUAAGAAAGAACAAUCGAAUCUACAGAAAAAAGUACAUUCCAAUGUUAGUCAAACCAUUUUGAAAUACAACAUGAUCAACGACAACGAUAAGAUCUUGGUUGGUGUAUCCGGUGGCAAAGAUAGUCUUACUCUUAUUCAUUCACUGAUAGACAUUAGACGUCGUUCAAAAGCCAAGUUUACGAUUGCAGCAUGUACGGUCGAUCCCCAGUCCGACGACUACGAUCCCUCACCUCUUAAACGCUACUUUGCAUCGCUAGACAUUCCUUACUUCUAUGUCUCACAGGCAGUUAUGGAUGCUGCCAAGGUCUGUAUGAAAGAAGGCAGUAGUCGUGCAAGUAUCUGUGCAUUCUGCAGUAGAAUGAGACGUGGUAUUCUCUACAACGUCUGUCGACAGAACAAUUUUACAACGCUGGCACUCGGUCAGCAUCUCGAUGACCUGUCAGAGAGUUUCGUGAUGUCGGCAUUCUACAACGGUAAACUCAGUAGCAUGAAAGUCAACUACAUGAACGAACAAGGCGAUAUUAGGAUCAUUCGACCACUCUGUAACCUAAGAGAGUCACAAACCAGACAAUAUGCAAGACUAAUGGCAUUACCUGUUAUAAGUGAAAAUUGUCCAGCUUGCUUUUCAGCACCAAAAGAAAGACAAAGAAUCAAAUUGUUACUUGCUAGCCAGGAGAAUGUCAACCCCAUGAUACAUCACAGUAUCUUUGCAACCAUACAAUCAUUGAUUUCCGUUGACAAGACCGAUAGAAUUUCAGGAAGAAGUGUAAACAACUACAAAGAAGGUUUAGACGUACAAUCUUUUACAAAUGAACAAGAUAAACAAAUAAAAGAAUCAGAUCAUUGA